CAGAUGAUGGAAAAUGCCUCAGAUGUCACUCUGUUCACUCUUUCAGGUUUAAAUUUUACAUUGGAGCAAAGAAUUGUCCUGUUCUUGCUCACAUUCCUGUGGUACUUAAUGAUUCUUUUGGGAAAUGUUGCUCUUAUUAUUGUCAUUAUAAUGGAUAAAAACCUCCAUCAGCCCAUGUAUAUCUUUGUUUGUAAUCUUUGUGUAAGUGCGCUGUAUGGGACAGUUGGUUUUUACCCUAAAUUUCUUCUUGAUCUUUUGUCAUCUCAUGUCAUUUCUUAUGCUGGAUGCUUGCUACAGGGCUUUGUGAUACACUCAUCAACUUGCAGUGAUUUUUCUAUCUUGACCCUGAUGGCAUAUGACAGAUAUGUGGCUAUUUGUCAACCUCUAGUUUACCACUCAGUUAUGACCAAACAGAGAAUCUCCCUCUUUGUGUUUUUUUCCUGGCUUAUACCUCUUAACAGCAUGUUCAUGAAUUCAGUAACAAUAUUGGGAGCAAGGUUGUGUGGCUCACAGAUAAACAGGAUUUACUGUGUUAACUGGAUGAUAGUCACUCUGGCUUGUGCUCCACCCAAAGCAAAUUCUAUAGUCACAUACUUUAAUAUGUUGUUUUAUUCUGGACAUUUUUUGUUUAUCUUAUGGUCUUACACAAAACUGAUAAAAGCAUGCUCAUCAUCCAAAGAGAAGUGGGGGAAGUUCAUGCAAACGUGCAUGCCACAUUUGAUCUCUUUACUCACUUUCACAGCAGCUGUGCUUUUAGAUUUAUGUUACAUGAGAUUUGGGACACUUAAUUUUUCUCAAGACCUCUAUAAUUUCAUGGCCAUAGAAUUUCUGCUUAUUCCUCCACUUGUGAAUCCACUUAUAUAUGGAUUCAAACUCACCAAAGUCCGUAACAAAAUUCUGAAUCUAGUUCAUGUGAAAAGGAAAAAUGCAAAGUGUCAUCCAAUGACUUUCUCACAUUAG